AUGAUUAUCCGCUUCAAGACCCUCGUAUCUAUCUAUCUAUCUAUCUAUCUAUCUAUCUAUCUAUCUAUCCUGCUUUUUUUAAUUUUGGCUCCUUUCUUUCAUUUCUUUCUUUCUUUCUUUUCUUCGUUAUCUUCUUUUUUUCUUUCUUUCUUUUUCUUCUUUGUUUCUUUUUUCUUUCUUUCUUUCUUUCUUCCUUUCUUUCUUUCUCUUAAUUUCUUUUCUCCCUUUCUUUCUUUCUUUCUUUCUUUCUUUUUCUUCGCUGUUUCGUUCUUUCUUUCUUCCAUUAUCUUAAUAUCUUUUCUCCCUUUCUUUCUUUCUUUCUUUCUUCUUUUAAUUUCUUUUCUCCCUUUCUUUCUUUCUUUCUUUCUUUCUUUUUAUCCUAUAUUUCAUUCUUUUCCUCCUUUCUUUCUUUCUUUCUUUCUUUCUUUCUUUCUUUUUUUUUUCUUUUUUCGACAGGUUUCCUUAUUUCCUUUCUUUUCUAGUGUCUUUUCUUUUCUUUUUUCAUUUUCAUUCUUUCCUUUUUUUUUUGUUAAUUACCUUUAUUCUCUUCUCUCUUAUUUUCCUUCCAUGUCUUCUUUCAUUUUGAUUUUUCUUUUUUAUUCUUUUUCUGUAUCUUAUGUUUUUCUUUCUGUUUCUUUCGUUUCGCUUGUUUUUCUUUGUUUCUCGUUCUUUUCCUUUUAUUUUAUUUUCUUCUUCACUACGUGUUUCCUUUUUCUGUUCUUGUUCCCUUUCUUUUCUUUAUCUCUUUUGUUAUCUUCUCCUUUUCGUUUUCAACGUUUUAAUUUGGUGUUCGUUUUUUAUCAUUUUCCUUUACAUUUUUGUUCGUUUUUUUUUAAUUCUUCUUACUAUUCUUUAUUUUAUUUUCGUUUUUCUUUUCUUCUUCUUCUAUUUCCUCUUCUUCUAUUUCCUCUUCCAAAUUUCCGAUUUUCUCCUUUUUCGUUCCUUUUCUUUUUUUUAAUUGCUUCUAAUAUGCCCUUCCUUUUUUUACCUUACUUCUUUAUUUUAAUGUUUAUAACAUUUUUGACUCUCCCUUUUUAUUCUUUCUCUGUCUCUACUUUUUUGUCUUUCUCUUUUGACUCUCCUUGCUUGACCCCCUCUAUCUCUCUCUCUCUCUCUCUCUCUUUGAAUCUGUUUGACUUAUCCACUUUAUAUCUCUCUUUUUGA